AUGGGUUGUAAAGGAGAAGAAUAUAAAUUAAAGGGAAAUGAAUUUCUUCAACAAAAACGUUAUAAAGAAGCAAAAGAACAAUACACAAUGGCAAUAAAAGAAAAUCCAAGAGAGUCUAUUUAUUAUGGAAAUCGUUCACUUGUAGAAAUUAAAUUAGAAGAGUAUGAAGAAGCACAAAAAGAUAUUGAUUUGGCAUUACAAUGUAAUCCAUUAUAUGUAAAAGCAUUACUUAGAAGAGCAUUAAUUUCUAUGCAUUUUAAAAAAUAUUUUGAAGCUAAAAAAGAUUAUCUUUAUGUUCUUGAAUUAGAAAAAGGAAAUAAAGAAGCUACAAAUGCAUUGGUCACAAUUGAAACAUUAAUUAAUAAAGAAGAUAAAUUAAAUAAAGAUGUUCAGGAAAUAAAAACUUCUAUAAAAUGUCCAAAAGAAAUUCCAUCUAAUUUUGAUUGUUUUGAAAGAAAUUGGAAAGAUUUAAAUGAAGAAGAAAGAAAUAAAUAUUUAAAUUAUAUUGGUAUUGAUAAAUUUAAAAUUCUUGCAAGUGAAAAUAUUACAAGUGAAAUGAUCAAUCAAAUUGCACAUAUUAAAAAAGAUGAUAUUCAAUGGAGUAAAUGUAUAUGUUCAUUUAAAAGAAUAUCAUUCUUAAAACUUUUUGUUAAUGAAGAAGCUAAAAAAUGGUUAAAUAAUUGA